ACGAAUUUCUCUUUAAUUCGAAUAUUUGAAUUUUGUAAAUUUCCUUUUCUUUCUUUCGAAUAUUCGAUUUCGAGUUUAGAUUUUCAAUGGAUUCUUCAUUCCUAGAAAACAAUAAAAAAUAUCUUUACAUGGGUGUCAUUGGAUCUGGCUUCUUUUUUGUGAUGAUGCCCAUUGCGUGUUACCUCUUAGUAUAUGUCAACCCCGAUUUCUAUAUAGAGAAGCUGUACAUAAACUCCUCCUCUAAACUAGGCAUCUAUGAACAUGCAGCCAUUAGUACAGACAGCGAACUGUGUACCCAAAUAGGAAAAGAUAUAUUGAUGAAAAAUGGAAGUGCUAUAGAAACGGCCAUUGCUACCUUGAUAUGUAUGGGAGUUGUGAGUAGUCAGUGUGUGGGAUUAGGUGGUGGAUUCUUUAUGAUUAUUUACGAUAAUAAGCGAAACGAAGUAACAGUGUUAGAUGCCAAAGAAAUAGCUCCUUUAAAAGCCACAAAAUUUAUGUUUAUAAAUAAUUCAAUAGACUCUGAAAUUGGAGGUCUCGCAAUCGCAGUUCCAGGAGAAUUAGAAGGUUACGAACAGGCAUACAUCAAGACCGAAAAAAAUAUACCUUGGAAGGAUUUAUUCCAACCAUCGAUUUAUUUAUGUAGAAAAGGUUUUCCUGUCACCAAACAUAUGGCUAAAGCUCUGGAUUUAAAUCGUGAUAUAAUAUUAAAAGAAGAAAGCAUGAAAAUAUUCAUAAAUAAAGCUACUGGAGAUGUAUUUAAAGAAGGAGAAAUUAUGACCAGAUUAGAUUUGGCAAACACAUUAGAAAAGAUAGCAGUUAAUGGAGCUGCAGAAUUAUACAAAAAAGGAAAAACCAGAGAAAAUUUUGUUAAGGAUAUUCAAAACUUAGGAGGAAUUAUUACAGAAGAAGAUUUAGAUCGAUAUUACGUCAUUCGAAAACAACCGACAAAGAUUACAUUAAAGAAUAAUUUUACGGUGUUCGGUGUUCCAGCACCCGGAAGUGGACACGUGGUGUCCUUUAUGUUAAAUGUGUUAGAUGUGUUCGAUUUAAAUAAAUACUCCAAUUGGAAUACCCUAGACGAAGUUACUUUAACUUUUCAUCGGAUUAUAGAAACAUUUAAAUUUGCAUACAACUACAGAAGAAAAUUAGGUGACAAGGAAACCUUCAAAGAGACAAUAACUGAAAAGAAGUUAUUGAAUAGAAACUUCGCAAAACUAAUUCGAACAAAAAUUAAAGAUGACAGGACAAUGCAAGAUGUUAACUACUAUAGUGGUGACUAUGGUAUGGUAGAUGUGGAUGGUGGAACGGGACACGUGUCAGUUGUAUCACCAAAUGGGGAUGCUGUUUCGGUAACUAGUAGCAUCAACCUCUAUUUUGGUUGUAAGCGUGUAUCUCCUUCAACCGGUAUCGUGUUGAACAAUCAUAUGCAUGACUUUUCUACACCGGAUGUCACUAACUUUUUCGGAUUUCCAUCCAGCGAGAGUAAUCGAAUUAAGCCAGGAAGAAGACCAAUGUCCUCUAUGAGUCCAACAAUCAUCCUAGACGACAAAGGAAAGCUGUGGUUGAUCAUAGGAGGAAGUGGUGGAUCUCGAAUCCCUAGUAGCAUAGCUUUAGUAGCAAUGCAAUUACUUUGGUUGGAUAAGAAUGUCAAAGAAGCAAUCGAUAUGCCUCGAGUUCAUCACCAAUUGUUCCCUGACUAUAUUUCGUAUGAAAAUAAUUUCCCCGAAGUUAUCUUGAGAAAAUUGGAAAAGCUGGGACAUAAAACCAAAGAGAAAGAAGGUAGUCUGUCAGUUAUAGAGGCAAUUCAUCGAGAUAAAAGUGGAAUGUGGCAUUCUAACGCCGAUUUUCGAAAAAAUGGAAAGAGUGAUGGCAUUUGAAAGAUGUCGAAGGACUCAUUCAGAAAAUUAUUAACAUGUUCGUAUUAACUAAAAAAUUUUAUAAUUGAUUGAAUGUGUACUUGAAAAAAUUUAUUAAAAUACUUUGUAAAAUA